CAGAGCUGGCUCUCUCGAGGGAGGGUUCCGGCUCUCAUCGUUCACGUCUAAGAGUCGGCUCUUUAUACCGGCUCGUUCGCGACCGACACAUCACUAGCGGUUACACUCGCUCCUGAAGCAAGCCAUGUGAUUGUUGAUAUUUUGAUUUUCGCGAAUAAUUGUCGUUUUAACUUUCUUACGCAGACGUUGACGUGAAAACGCGGCUUAAAAUGUCGAUGGAAGCCGUAAACAUCCACGCGCAAGUGGAGUCUGUGCUAGGUGCCCUCGUGAAAGUGGCCACGGCGGAGUUGACCAAACUGUUCGAGAACAGUUACAGAGCUUCGGCUGCUUCGGUGGAAGUGGGCCGCGCCGACGGCGGCAAGGGGAGCGAGUCCCCGGAUAGUUUGUCGUCUGCAGAGAGAACGCGCAGCAUCGGGGUGCAAGUGGACGACGACAGCAACUCUCCUCUCACGCUGGCGUAUGGCGAUUGUUGCCGAGAGUCCGGAAAGGAGCAGGAGGCGCAAGGUUGUCUCCACGUUCUUUUUGCUGGAGAUAUAGCACGAGUCAAGCAGGCAGAACCUUUGAAUGAGGCAGAGUUCAGCAUCCUUGAAACAGACGGCGGGCCACAGACGGACGCUACUUUGGAUGCUCAAAGAUGCGAGGCGAGGCGAAGCCCACCAGCUAAGAAGCAGCCUCCUGCGGCGCAACCCCACCCGAGCAAUAAAGUCUCGUUUGCGUGUCCGCUAAGCCCGAAGCCCGAGUUUCCCGCGCCUCAGCCCGACAGCUCCGAGUCGCCCGUAAAGGCGGAGCCCCAUCAAGCUCGCGCCAGCGCAGUCAAUGGCACGGCUGACAGCCUGCGCCUCGGUGAAGUGGCCCUGACUCCGGUGCCAGUUGGCCUUUGGGAACAUGUGCCCGCGCCAAAGGAGACCAAAAACCUCCUCCAGAUGAAGCUGAAACUCGCCUCGCAGGAUCGAAAGCUGAGGAGCGCGUGCGUGGUUCAACUCGUCAACGUGCUGUCCGCAGCGGAGUUGCGAGCCAAAAUUCAGAAGAGCGGCGGCGGCGGCGGUAAAAAGAAGCGGCCCGUGCCGAAAGAUUUGCGGCGCCAUCAGGGCGCGCACACGGGCCGCCGCCUGUGCUGCUUCACGGCCUGCGAACAAGGCGUAUGGCGACUGCAGAAAGCCGUCGGCCGCUCCCGCGACGGCCACGCCUGCGGCACCUGCGGCAAAACGUUCAAGCGGCGCAAGCACCUGCGGCGCCACCAGCGCUUCCACACGGGCGAAAAGCCUUACUCGUGCGCCAAGUGUUCCAAGACGUUUGCGCUCAGGAAGAGCCUCCGCCGCCACGAGAGAUUCCACACGGGCGAGAGGCCGCACAAAUGCACGCACUGCGACAAAAGCUUCCGCCUGCGAGUCAAUCUGAAAACGCACCUGAGAUUUCACACCGGGGAGAAGCCGUACCAAUGCGGCCAGUGCGGAAAGAUGUUCCGGAUCCUGGGGAAUCUGGACAGACACAAACUCAACCCGUGCGGAUUCUUCGCGCCGUCAUUCCGGACCAUCGCCGGCUUGUAGCCGAGACUCGCGCGCGACGCCUUUCGCACCGCGCUUUGCCCGAAUGUCACUCGAGGCUAAGUCAUGUUUGUUUUUUAUAAAUUUCAAGGGAAAGUUGUCACCUUUGAAAUCAUAAUCCUGCAUAUUCCUGACGUCGAUAAGGAAGAGCGACGCUCCAAGACUGCGAUGUGACGUUGAACGCAGCGGCGUUUCCUCUCCGACGUGACAAUUUUACAGAAGUGUGUGUGAAAAGGGCUUUUCAAGAACGAGAGUAACGUUCGCUACCUCAAACCCAGUGAAGGUUCCAUGAAAAUGCUGCAGGGUUUUCUUUUGGAUGUUUUUUUUUUUUUUUUUUUCAGAAAAAACACUAAUGUUCUCUUCUUUUUUAUUGAGCUUGUACUACUGUUUAGUUCUACGACUGGCUAAAGUUCUCUCAGGUUCUACAACCGGUACAAGGAGAUGACGAGGUUGUGGAUGACGUGUCCAACGUUUCGGCUGAUUCCGAAUUUGCAUUUACGGGUAAGGAGAACAAAUGCGGACCUUUUGACUUGACGGCUUGUUACUGACCAAACUAAUUGAUCUUUGUAUUGAUCCAUAAGAAACACUGUAGUGAACAAUUGUGGUGUUGUUGCAGUCCGAGAGAUGAUGCAGUGACAAUCACGAGAAACAUUUUUGGAUUUUCCUCUUUUGCAGCCCUUGGACUAGGGGAUGUGUUCUUUGCGGUAUCCGAUUUAUUUUUUUUAAAUGUUUUUGUAGUUUAAAGGCCCCUAAUUUUUAACUCUGUCUUAACACGUUAAAGCCUGUCUUUGUGAUACUUGAAAUGCUAUUCGUUUUACUUUUUGUUUCAGUUACAUCACGAUUACAGAAUGAACUAAUUGUCUGUCCAUACUGAAGAGUUUAGCGUUAAGGAACUACUGACUUUGUAUUUUUAUAUUUCAUAUCUUCUGGAAUCAGUAUGGAAGUGGCAGAAGACUUGAGAUUAUUUUAUUUUUUUU